GACACCAAAGAAGAACACUCAAAAUGGCGACACGAUAGAAAAGUUGAUGCUGUUUUGCAUUCCCCUUAUCUUUUCCAUGUAGUUGUUUUAAUAAUACCAAGUCACUGCCAUCUGACAUAAGGAAAUACGUGUUUUUGACAACGCGAGAAUUGAAUGUUAUCGAAGUUACAAACUGUUAUUAUUCCACACAUUUUACGAGCACCGAAGGCCCACUAGCUAUGCUAGCUUUUACUUUGGGUGGAAAUGUCAAAGAUUGUCAGGGUGGCUCUAGAUGCCUAAUAUAGUUGUUGAAGAAAUCAUCUGUUGAAGUGAGCAUGAAGAUGAUCUACACAUAGAAAUGGAAGAGGAUGUGAAAAAAGUUAAAAAACCGGGUAUCGUGUCUCCCUUCAAGCGUGUGUUUCUGAAGGGAGAAAAGAGUCGAGAUAAGAAGGCUCAGGAGAAGACUACAGAACGCCGUGCCCUCCACACCUUCUCCCUCUCCCUCCCCGACCACCGCAUCGACCCUGACAUCCUGCUCAAUGACUACGUAGAGAAGGAAGUCAAGUACCUGGGCCAGCUGACGUCAGUACCAGGAUGCCUGAACCCCUCCAGUCGAACAGAGGUGUUACAGCUCAUUGACAAUGCCAGGAAGUCCCACCAGUUGGCGGGUCAACUUACUCCGGAGCAGGAUGCGGUGGUCAGUCUGUCGGCCUAUAAUGUGAAGCUGGUGUGGCGGGAUGGAGAGGACAUCAUACUGCGCGUUCCCAUCCACGACAUCGCUGCCGUGUCAUACAUACGAGACGACUCGCUGCACCUGGUGGUGCUCAAGACCGCCCAGGAGGCAGGUGUAUCUCCGUGCCCCAGUACCUGUCUUGACCUGUCUAAGUCCCAGACCCUCAGCUCUCUGUCUGAGAGCGGGGCUGUACUGGUAGAGGUCUGCUGUCUGCUAGUACUGGCUGUAGACAACAAGGCAGCAGCAGAGGAGCUGUGUCUCCUACUCAGCCAGGUGUUCCAAAUAGUUUAUACUGAGUCCACUAUAGACUUCCUGGACAGAGCCAUCUUUGACGGAGCCACCACCCCCACCAGACACCUCUCUCUCUGCAGUGACGACUCUUCAAGCAAGGUGGACCUUAAGGAAUCAUUCGAAGCAGAGGCCAGCACCUUUUCCUUCCAGGGGUCUCUAGAGGCAGGGGGCGACUCUCCGUCCCCCACCUCCACCCCAGCCUCCCCUCAGACCAAGACAGCAAGCGAAGGAGAGCUGAGCACCACCGCCACAGAGCUGCUACAAGACUACAUGACCACGUUGCGUACCAAGUUGUCGUCUCAGGAGAUCCAGCAGUUUGCUACUCUUCUUCAUGAGUACCGCAACGGAGCGUCCGUCCAUGAGUUCUGUAUCAACCUUCGCCAGCUCUACGGGGACAGCAGGAAGUUCCUCCUACUGGGUCUGAGGCCGUUCAUCCCCGAGAAGGACAGCCAACACUUCGAGAACUUCCUGGAGACCAUCGGCGUUAAGGACGGCCGCGGUAUCAUCACCGACAGCUUCGGACGCUACCGCCGUACCGCCAGCUCCGCCUCCGACUCAACCACCAAUGGGAACGGAGCGGCGGGAGGGGACGGGGGUGGAUCUGACGAAGGCCUGGUGCCCUCCGAAGGAGACGAGUGGGACCGCAUGAUCUCUGAUAUCAGUAAUGAUAUAGAGGCUCUGGGCGUUAGUAUGGACCAAGAAGGGGUCACACCCUAGCCUCUAACCCCUUGCCUCGAGUCUGGGAGAAGGGGUGACGCCCUACCCCCCUAGACCCUACUCCCUACCAUCGUGACUGCUGCGGUAUGGACCAAGAGGGGGGUCACACUCUAGACCCUAACCCCUUCUCCCUAUGCCUUAACUCAUACCCCCUAGUCCCUACUCAUCCUGAACCAACAGAGAGGACGAUCCAGCCAGCCCAGAUCCCAACCCCCUGAUGAUGACAUGCUGUGCAUUGUGGCCAAUCAGCUUUCAGUGUGGAGCCAGCAGUGGCCAAUCAGCUUUCAGUGUGAGCCAGCAGUGGCCAAUCAGCUCGGCCGUUCAAGGAAAACGUUAUUGAUCCAUUCGUAGUGGUUUUUACUAACUGACUGAAUGGCAGCCUUCUACGUCUCUGGGGGGUUUUUAUUGUUAUUGGCAGUAUCUGCCAUCGGUGACCAGGAUGAAGCUGAGUCACCCUCCUGAGGGCAGCCAUCAUGAAUACCCACAAUGCUCUGUCUGGUGUCUCGCUUCACAAUGGUUCCGUUUUGACAUUGCAGCCACCUUUUUAAAGGCGAGUCGAGACCGACUGAUCUAGAAAUCACCUUAGAUCAUAAAAAAUUAUUGUAGGUCAAGUCAGUCGCAAUUUUCCCUUCAUACAGCACGCUUUUGAUGCUCUGGAACACAGCCAAUCAGAGUCUGUGUUGUACAGGAAAUAAGGGUGCCAUUUUGAGACCAGAAGAUGUGCCUGGACACAGAAUAUUGAAUAUUUUAUAAUGACUUAUGUAUGUAGUAGUUAGCCUGUAUUUCUAACUAAUAUGUGUUCUUUAAGGUCAAUCAUUAACCUUCUACAGUCUCAGCCCUGUCCUAAGACUGGGGGGGGGCAAGGUGGGGUUCUACUCAGCUAACAUAUGGAAUUGUUUUAAGAAGGUCAUACCAAGGACAUUUAGCUAUUCGAUUUAGAAUUUUAAGAUCCCUUGGAAGUAUAACGAAAAUAUAUAAAAAGUAUUUGAUGAAGCAGUGAAUUUGACCUUACAGCUGUUAGCCCAUACAAACACAUUGAAUAACAGAUUCACUACAUGGAACGACAGAUAGUAAAAAAAAAAAUCAAAAGGAAGUUUGUUCUGAGGUGUCUUCGAUAUAUGCGAGAUAUAAGAAAGAUCAGGAACCUUUUUAAUUUACAUUUUAUUACAUGUAUUUGACCCCUUAUUUUUGGCACUAAAUUAUCUCCAUAUAUACUUCCAUUCGUUUUUUUCAACUGGUUCCUGGGACCUUCAAACGAGUCUUGUAGGGGGGGGGGGCGGGGGGGUCGUAGAGCAAAACGGAUUUGGAAGUUCGACGUCGACGGAUGUGGUGGAUUAUUAAGAUGCAUCCAAUGUAAGGAAACUGAAAUCUCUAGUUUAAACUGAAGGAUGUUGAUGAAUAUUUGUGUAUUAUGCUAAUAUUAUUUUUGGCGGGCUGUGGAAAUCCACUCUGGGAGGGGGUAACUUAAUCCACCAAGUAUCUUCUCCUACUCUGCAUAUUUACUGCUUUCCUUUUUUUGUUGAUUUUUUUUCCCAAAUGCACCCUAUUCCUUAUUUAGUGCACUACUUUUGACCAGAGCUCUAUGGGCACUCGUCAAAAGUAGUGCACUAAAUAGGGAAUAGAGUGCUCUUUUAGUUGUUUGGACUUUGUGUUUUAUAUACUGAUUUACUUGUACUAUUUUGUUGUGGUUUUAUGUUUUACACUUAGCCUAGCAUUUAGCCUUAGCCUAGCAUUUAGCCUUAGCCUAGCAUUUAGCCUAGCAUUUAGCCUUAGCCUAGCGUUUUCUAUUAACGUUUACCUUUGUCUUAUCUCAGUCAACGACAUAUGUUGAUAAAAAUGUGACUUUGUGAAACUGAAACCUCCCGUUCAGAAUAUCUGGAUGGACAACAUAUCUGACAAAGCCAGUUACCGGCUGAUUUACAAUUCAAUGCCCAAUCUCUUCUCAUAGCACAGACAGACCAACCUUACCUUCAGCCAUGCACAGUACACCGUAAAGUAGUAUACUAUAUACCAACCCCUAAGGGUCCUGGUCUAAAGUAGUAUAUUAUAUACCAGCCCCUAUGGGUCCUGGUCUAAAGUAGUAUAUUAUAUACCAGCCCUUAUGGGUCCUGGUCUAAAGUAGUAUACUAUAUACCAACCCCUAUGGGUCCUGGUCUAAAGUAGUAUACUAUAUACCAACCCCUAAGGGUCCUGGUCUAAAGUAGUAUAUUAUAUACCAGCCCCUAUGGGUCCUGGUCUAAAGUAGUAUACUAUAUACCAACCCCUAUGGGUCCUGGUCUAAAGUAGUAUACUAUAUACCAACCCCUAUGGGUCCUGGUCUAAAGUAGUAUAUUAUAUACCAGCCCCUAUGGGCCCUGGUCUAAAGUAGUAUACUAUAUACCAACCCCUAUGGGCCCUGGUCUAAAGUAGUAUACUAUAUACCAACCCCUAUGGGUUCUGGUCUAAAGUAGUAUACUAUAUACCAACCCCUAUGGGCCCUGGUCUAAAGUAGUAUACUAUAUACCAACCCCUAUGGGUCCUGGUCUAAAGUAGUAUACUAUAUACCAACCCCUAUGGGUUCUGGUCUAAAGUAGUAUACUAUAUACCAACCCCUAUGGGUCCUGGUCUACAGUAGUAUACUAUAUACCAGCCCCUAAGGAUCCUGGUCUACAGUAGUAUACUAUAUACCAACCCCUAUGGGCCCUGGUCUAAAGUAGUUUACUAUAUACCAACCCCUAUGGGUCCUGGUCUACAGUAGUAUACUAUAUACCAACCCCUAAGGGCCCUGGUCUAAAGUAGUAUACUAUAUACCAACCCCUAUGGGUCCUGGUCUACAGUAGUAUACUAUAUACCAACCCCUAUGGGUCAUGGUCUAAAGUAGUAUACUAUAUACCAACCCCUAUGGGUCCUGGUCUAAAGUAGUAUACUAUAUACCAACCCCUAUGGGUCCUGGUCUAAAGUAGUAUACUAUAUACCAACCCCUAAGGGUCCUGGUCUAAAGUAGUAUACUAUAUACCAACCCCUAUGGGUCCUGGUCUAAAGUAGUAUACUAUAUACCAACCCCUAUGGGUCCUGGUCUAAAGUAGUAUACUAUAUACCAACCCCUAAGGGUCCUGGUCUAAAGUAGUAUCCUAUAUACCAACCCCUAAGGGUCCUGGUCUAAAGUAGUAUACUAUAUACCAACCCCUAUGGGUCCUGGUCUAAAGUAGUAUACUAUAUACCAACCCCUAAGGGUCCUGGUCUAAAGUAGUAUACCAUAUACCAACCCCUAUGGGUCCUGGUCUAAAGUAGUAUACUAUAUACCAACCCCUAUGGGUCCUGGUCUAAAGUAGUAUACUAUAUACCAACCCCUAUGGGCCCUGGUCUAAAGUAGUAUACUAUAUAUCAGGGGUGGACAGUUAGAAUCCAAAGAGGUCCAGUGGCUCAGGUUUUUUUCCCCCCCAAAGGUCCAAUCCAUUAUAAUGUCUAACGUGCGCUAUGAUUUGGGGUCAUAUGGAGUUCUUGUAUAUGCAUAGCUAAUAAACAAAGUACUACAUUUCAACAAUA